UCGAGUCUGAGGAGGGGAGUAUAAUUACAGCGUUUCGCUUCACAUUCGAAAGACUACUAAGAAACUCAUAGCUUCAUAUUUCAUGACCAGAUAAGUACAGGAGAAAUUUAGAAAUUUAAAUGCACAUAUUUGUAGUCCCUUAUAUUUACAAAAACAAUGUAUAAUGGUUUUCUUAUAGUACACGUUGAUGUUUUAUUGGCUAUAUCGUUUUACUAUAAAUACUACAGGAAAAUACUAUAGUAAAGCAUGGUUUAUUUUCGUAAAGUUUACUGUAUAUAUAAAUAUAUUAUAGUAGGCCUACAUAGAAAUAUAUAUUAGAUUAUACUAUAUUAUAAUCUAAUAGUAUACUGUGGGGGGUGAUAUUGCACCAAAUCUCUCUCUCUCUCUCUCUCUCUCUCUCUCUCUCUCUCUCUCUCUCUCUCUCUCUCUCUCUCUCUCUCUCUCUCUCUCUCGUUUUAUCAGAUGUUAUUAAACAAAACUCAAAGUUAAUAUAUUAUCAGAAAAUGCUAAAGAGAUCUCCAAAGCCACUGCUUAUACAGUAGGUAAAUUAGGGCCUAUUACGUUCUGAAUCCUGACGUCAGUGUGAGGAUUUGCAAGUGUCUUGAAUGGGUCUCAUUGGCACGCACAAUCAUCUGCAAUUGCACACACCACACUGUCAUUCAGAUAUGCUGAUGCUACUAAGGUCUGAAUGUUACCAUGGCAGCACACUGGAUCACAACUGACCUGCACACACUGAGCUGUGAAACCUCUGAUAAUAAUGACUGACUUGUCAUCAAGGGCUCUAAAACCAUCCAUGGUGUCUGCAGUUGUUAAACAUUUGCAUGGGUAUAAAAGCUCAUGAAGGGAGCAUCUCUCUAUUCCAGAGGAAGGCAAUGUUACUCAUUUAAUAGUAGAGAGGGUUUAAUAAUCCCACUGUUUUCGGUAGUAUUCACGUGGAAUAAUUGUUGUUGACAAAACAGGCCAUUCUCUCAGGUGAAAUAAAUAAAUACUUAUUUUUAAUUUUGUCAUUUUGCACCUGUUGUCACGUAUGUCUGGCAGUUUUAUUGCAAAGGUAGCAAUAUUUCUUAGUUUCUUUUGCGAAGUGUCUCCAUGGAUACAUUCCUUAGAGAAACACAAAAUGGUAGUUUGCCCUCACAAAUGUCUUUUCAUCUUCACUUAUUUGCUUUAGCAGAAAAUGAUUGUUAGUGUCAGUGUUAGAUGUGCAGUGAACAGUGGGCUCCAUCACCAGAGUUAGUGACUGACUACCGGGCUGAUCAAUAAACUGUAAUGACGCUAUUUUUCAUGUGUCUGAAAUAAAGAAGAAAUAGUUUUUCACAAUCUGACCCAGAUCUUGAUGCUAGAUAUAUGACCACCAUAUAGUACCAUUAUUGAAAAUACUGACGAAUCCAAUAAUGAGGAAUCAUUAGGGGGCAGGUGCGAAAUACAGUACAUCCUUCAUCACUGUAUAGUAUAGACCAUCAUAAAAUGACUGCAUUUAUUUAUAAUAAAAAAAAUUCUUUCACACCUGGAGUUUCAGAUUAAAUCUAGACAAUGUUAAAAAGUCAAUAUUAAAAAAAAAUACCAAGAAUUUCUUUAACAAUUGUCUCUUUUGUAUCAUUCCUAUUUUCCCAAGCAAUUUUAGAAGAAAUACCCAAAGUUGGUACCUAAAUGAAACACAAGUGGGAGCUCCAUCAAAUCUCCUGAGCUGUGAAAGAGCAGCCUCUGAGCAAUAAAGGUCCUCUAGAUGGAAGCCACUGACCUUUAAGGAAAUAAAAAGGAAGCUGCAAUCAUCACCUCACCCCUCCACAUUCCUACUCCUGUGUUUUCAUUACACGGAAACUACCAGACCGUGACUAGAUAUCGGCCUGAGUGGACAAAGGUUUAUGUGUUUGAUCAAACACCCUCCCCACCACAACACCACACAACAGUCCAGAAGCAGAGAGAUGAGCCAAACAUCUGAAGAUCUUCUGAUCAUCUAUGAGUCUGAGGCAGAGCAGUGGGCAUCAUACCUGCGCUCCCACUUGGCAGGUCCCAUUCCUGAAACCGGCAUCUGUUGUUAUGAUAUUGCCAUGGUUACCAGUCGCAAGGAUGACUUCCUGAGACUGAAAGGGUACAAAUGCAAGCUGCUAAUACUGUCACGGGGCAUGCUGGAUGGGCUAUGCCAGCUCCGGCGCUUCUUCCUGGCUCGAGUUUUGCAACCGGAGGCCUGUGUGGUGAUUCUCCUGUGUGGAGUAGAAAGUCUGGCUCCUCUUCUGGAGAUGGUGCCAAUAAAGGGUGACACUUGUCUCCAGAUUUCCAGCGAGCAGGAGCCUCAGGAGUACCGCUCAGCUGUGGUAGAAAUAACACGCAAAGGUGGACAGGCACCAGCAGUAGAUGGGAAACCAGUCCAACAACUGAAGGUUGAGAAGAAACUAUCUGUUGGUUCUCUUGCUGAAAAAUCUUUAUUGAUCCUACCCAGUCGUGUGCCAUGUCAGAGUCCAGGGGAGAUUUUCAUUCUUCUGCGGGAAGUCAAGACCAUCAAAGAUGCUGAGGUGGAGUUCAGUGGAAACAAGCAGACAGUGAAAGUAAAGCCUGUGAACUGGAAUGAAAGCACACUGUGUGUGUCUGCCCCUGACUUUUCUGCUGGAGAUGUCAGUGUGACACUGUACUGUCAAGGAGUGGUCAAAGGCAAGGCCAGCCUACAAUACUACACCAUGCUUGAAGAUGUUGCUCGCUGUCUUCAGCAGGCUGCAGAUCCUGUGAAAUUCAUGUGCCAGGCCUUGCAGGUUCCUUCGUUGGAGAACCUGGAUCAAUCUCUGGCUACUUAUCUGAUGCAGAAAAUGCCAACAGGAGGUUUUCAUGGCCUGCAGUGUGAUCGGCUUCCCGCUCAGAAUGUUGACGAGGAUAUCCCUACUCUCUUGCAUUUUUCUGCCCAACAUGGAUUGAAAGAUUUGGCUGCUGCUCUCCUGCUGUGUCCCGGAGCCAUGCAAGCCCUAAAGAUCACCAAUAAAUAUGGGUACACACCACUGGAUCUUGCACACAUAAAUGGUCACAAGCAGCUCUACACCCUUCUUAAGGAGUCACUGGUAACUGAAGAUGCCAAUAUCGAUACUGAUGUAUAUGAAAUUAUGGACAGAGCUGUAAAUCUUCAAAUCGAUGACAAGAAAGAUGAUGAGAGCGUCUAUACACAUCCAGGUGGAGGUGAUGAAGAGUACGACACCAUUCUUACGUCCAGCAGCUCUCCGGUAAUCGUAAACCGACCCCCUGCACCGACCCCUAGACCCAAUUGUCUUCUCAACACAGGGGAUAACACUCCAUUCAUCGCUCAAGUUUUCCAGAAGAGAAAGUCACAAGGAGAGGAAACACUAUAUUCUCUUCCCUCAAGACAGGCAAAGCCGAGGGACAGCAUCACAUCCACCUAUGACACCUUUGUGCCAAAUCAGCCGCCAGGGCUGGACGAGCUUAUCAAACUUCAGGAGAAGGUGAAGACUGGAUCUCUCAGUAUAGAUGAUGCUCUGGAUCAAUUCAAUGACUGGCAGAGACUUCAGAGAGGAAUGGACAGUAUCCAACAGGAGAAGAUUCAGCAGCUGAGGGCGAGUAUCAUUAACGACCUAGAGAAUAUUGAAAGUGUCUAUGAUAAAAUCAGCAUCGUUCAUCACACAUCAACCACUUCUGCAAAUGAGAAUAAAAGAGCAAGUCAGCAAAUGGAGACAGAUUUCUACUGCAAACCUUUAAAAGGCCAAUCCUCACACAUCAAGAAAGCAGACAAACAGUGAUAGAAACUAAUAAUAAUGUACUUUAAGGUCAUUGGACCUUUCAAAAUACAUGCAAUCUGUAGUAGCCUAUACCUAAUGAAAAAUAAGCUUCAUAUGAUUUCUCUUUGUAUUGUUUAUCUGUAAAAAAGGUUGCCUUAAAAUUUUGAGUUAAUUCAACUUUUAUUAUUGUUGUCAACUAUUAUUUUUUAUUAAGUUUAAUUAAAAUUUUAAGGCAACUAGGUAACUUACUUUUUUAAGUUUUAACUUUUUUAAAGUGGUUGAAGAUACACUGAAUGAAUCACGGUACAUGUUUAGAAUGUGACGGGUACAGAAAUCUUUUCAUAAAUCUUUCAAAAUUUGUUAAUAUUCAGCCAGUAAGUUAGUUGGUUUAGUAUUUGACAUUUUCAGGUUCAUGUUUCAUUUCUGUUUUUUUAUGUUUUCAUGGACUAUAUGACUACCUUAAAAGCUGAAGCCUUAAGAGAUUGUACAUGAUUAUUUUCUAUCUUGCAUUGCUGCUGUUCAUCUGUUGUUUUACUAAGGACAGAUAUCUACUAAUAUUCAAUUUCUUUAUGUUUUGUCAAAUUAAUUUAUUAUGAAUUAAAGACAACAAUUCAGCAUUCUAAUGUAAUUCUAAAGCCAUAAUUGUCAUCUAUGUACUAACAUAAUUUUGCAUAUAAUUUGUCUUAUUAUACUGUUUAUUUCUUUUCUUAUUCGGGUCAUGUUGAUGCACUUAAAUUGUGACCAUAUCAAAAUCCAGGCUAAAGUCUUUUAAUCUAAUUUUGAGAAAGUUAAUUUCAACACUGUAAAAAAUUCCGUAGAAAUUACAGUUACUUACAGCUGGUUGCCAAUAACUUAACGU